AUGGCGAACAAACGGGAAAGAGGCGGAAAUGUAGUGAUGCAUUUCCAGAAUCCUGACGGCUUUAAUCCAAAUGACAACAUGUACAAAUCGUGUUGCUGUCAUGCAAAAACGUUCACUAUUUUCAUUGGAAUUUUUGAGAUUUUCACCGUUUGUUUCCUGCUUGUGGCUGUGCUUCCUGACAUAACAACUCGUGUAUGUGAUAAACUGUCCAAUCACACAAAUCUUGAUUUCGAUGACGCUUUCGAAGAGUUUUCCUUAGAACAUGUCAGGAACGUCACAUAUGUUAGUGCAGUUCUUUGCAACAACAACAUCACUUGUCUUGUAUGGGCAAUUCUCCAGAUUAUAUCAGUUAUUGCAAUGUUUUAUGGGAUAAAAACUAUUCGAUUCUGGUUCUUCCUUCCGCAUUUCAUUUUCAGGAUUGCGUGCAUUGUGAUUAUUUGUGUCAUUGAUACUUGGCUCAUUUUACGUGCAACCGGAGAAAAUGUUAACGAGAACAACGUUGCACUUCUUAUAUCCGUCAUCUCUUUUGCCGUUGCUGCUUUAUGUGCUCUUUAUGCUACAUGGGUUGAAGUAAGAUGUGCACAUUUCGUAAAAAGAUCACGCGAAACUGGUUUCUCAAUCAGCGUAGCUCGUCCUGUCGGUCCUGCAACAAUAUCUCUUAGUGAACCCCAACCUAACGCUCCAGAACCACCGUUGCAGCCGAUACGUCGACUUCCACCACUCCGUCACCAUCAAGCACAAUACAUUGUCAAUGAUGAGACCCUACCAGCUCCCCGUAAUCCCAACGAAGCUAACUGA